AUGAUCCAGGUCAAUAUUGGCGAUCAAAAAGGAUCCACCGAAUGUUCCCACGACGGUAUACUUGCCAAGGAAAGGCUGAGAUCGGCAAAAAACAUAAAAUCCUUGGCCAUUCUGAUUGCAAUCUGCGGUACUUUCAUGAUAUUGGAGGUUAUUGGGGGAAUCCUGAGCGGCUCCCUUGCAAUUCUCUCCGAUGCGGCACAUUUGCUAUCAGAUAUUGCCGGAUUUGUGAUUUCGCUGCUUUCAAUGGUUUAUGGGCUCCGUCCCGCUACCAAGAAGCAUUCCUUUGGAUUCCAUCGUGCAGAAAUUCUUGGCGCUCUCGGAUCAGUGGCGUUCAUUUGGAUCUUGACUGGUGCCCUUAUUUUGGAAGCCAUUGACCGAAUAAGAAACCCAAAGGAAAUUAAUGGCAAGCUCAUGUUUUUUGUUGCCCUUAUUGGCUUUUGCAUUAACAUUAUUAUGAUCCUAACUUUCCACCGUUUAAGCAAGGAAAUACACGAGCCCUUACAUCGGCAUAAAGAGUCUGAGGAGAUCCCCGCCCAUGCUCAUAGGCAUGAUAAUUUUUUGGCUUCCCUUUUACCUUCAAAUCUCAAUAUCAGGUCUGCGUUUAUCCACAUCAUUGGCGAUCUUAUCCAGUCCCUUGGGGUUCUCUUUGCAUCUGCAAUCAUCUGGGCCUCUCCAAAAUAUCAAAUAGCGGACCCCAUCUGUACAUUUACCUUUUCUUUUAUUGUACUUUUCACGACCGUAAAGGUCCUAUCUGAAGCAAUACAUGUCAUCAUGGAGGGAACGCCACUCCAUAUUGACUCUUCCAUGAUAGAGUCUGAUAUUUUGAAAAUUAAUGGCGUUUCACGGAUCCAUGAUCUACAUAUUUGGUCUUUGUCUUCAGAGAAGUUCACCAUUAGUCUUCACGUUGUUGUUAAAAGUAGCGAGCAUGAUUCCGACAAAUCUCUCCUUGCACGAAGCAAGCACGUCCUUGCAGAAUGCCAGUCUUUGUUGUGUAAAAAAUAUUUUCUUCACCAUUCUGCGAUCCAAGUUGAGUUUGAAGACCCUGACAAUUACCUGAAGAUAUUUCAACGCUACUUCCUUUGUGUGAAAUCAUAUCCCUUGAAUAAAAGCUAG